GGUCGGCGCGUCUCCACACAAGUCAAACGAAUAAGGGUCAGCUGUGGUAACGUCAACGUGACAUGUAGGUAGCCACCGAGCGAUCCGCUCGCCGUUGAUGAAUUGCAGAAAUAAUCAAAACAGAAGCUACAUGGAAUGUGAUGUGCAGUGAAUGCUAGCCAAAUUAUUAGAAUUCGUUAAUCUUAUACUGUUAUUAUUAGCAUUAGUAGAUCGAACGUGAACUUAUGUACUCGAUUGAAUAGUGUGCUGGUAUGCUUUGAAUUCGUGGGCCUCAUACCUUAAUUUGAACUUAAAUCUAGUUUUUUCUCUUAGAUAACCUAUAAUUGAAAUAGUACGGUGGUAAAUCUAAUCACAAUUAGUUAAUACUAAGUUCUAAAACUACAGAACUACUACGUGGGCAGAUCCCUUUGAUGCUCUAGUCGUUGCGUCAGUACUUUAGCGAAAGUGGUCCAGAGCUAAUUCCCGAAUCAUAAAAGUGGCCAGAAGGAGAAAAACCAAACCGAAAUAAGAAAACUAAACGUGAGUCCCACAACCUUUGUAAUUUAUGCCUGCCUAUUCAAUUUUUGCUAUAUUACAGGAUUUUUUUAAUACACCACUGCUGUUAAAAACACGGAAUUCUUACUUCUGACCGGUUGUCCGCCACAUUUUAAAAAAAUCGUUUACACGUAAUCCUGCAUAGCCAGAAUGUCUAAUCGAUCCCAUGAACCCGAAGCCACUCCACAAACUCAGGGAAUCCAGAGCUCCACGCCUACAGACAAAUGCAAGAUCUGCCAGAGGGCGGACCAAGGUCGUUUGUGGAAAUGCAACAUAUGUCGUAAUUGGAAUCACCCCGCCUGCAUUGGUAUAGAGUCGACUAAUGAGAACGAUAAAUUCGUAUGCCCCCAAUGCCAGCCGCUAACUGGUGCACUGAAACAUACCUUCGUAGCACCUCCUGUAGUAGUGCCUGCAAGCACAACCCCAAUUGAAUACGUGAAUAUGUCGUGGUCGCAGAUAUCUCCAGUCACUACUCUAACGUCGACGACGCCCAUGUUCGUGCCGCCUAACACAGUUGUAGACUCACGGACCAUAAUGCCACGAUACUCUAUUGCUCCGUCAUCCUCGUGUCCCUCUCCGUUUCCUCCGACUAAUCAGGCCUUCAGAAAUACAUUCCCGAUUCUGUCCAACCUCGCUCAAGCUUUGCCACCGUAUCAAUUGCCGUCAUACCCCGCGGCGAUAAACCAACCUUGUUCGAGGUCGCAGUUCAUAUCACCAGGUGUUAUUGUAUCCAUUGGAGACGCAAUGGGAGCACCAACAGUAUUGCCUCCGCCAAGCGUUGCAAUACAAUGCACAAAUAACGCUCAACCGGUACACCCAUUGACAAUAACCCAACCGUACUCGACGACACAGUUUGUCCCACCGGGUACCGCACACCUUGAAGAAGCCAUGGUAUCCUCUGAACAGCUUUCGUCAAGUCUCCCAAAUCAACAACCAGCGAUGCACAACCCACCUUCAAUAUUGCGUGGUGCAAUACCAUCAGCUGUAAUUGUAUCUAGUGGGGAACCUAUUCCAACAGCCCCGACGAUGUUGCCUCCGAGUGAUGCGCGGAACAACCAAUCCUUAGUUCGAGCGGAUGCCAGAAGUCAAGUCUCAAAGGCUACAGGUUCCAGAUUAUCUACGAGACAGCAACAGAAGCAAUUGGAGUUGGAACUGCUCGAUGAACAAAGGAAGCUGCAAGAAGAGGAGGAAGCCAACAAGCGUGAAUAUCUUCGAAAGCGGUACGAACUGUUGCAAGAAAUGGCCAGCGAAACAUCGUCAACUUCCGGCGUUAGUGUUGUAGAGGACGGGCCGAAUGAGAAGGUCAACGCAUGGCUGCAAAGUGGAAUACCAAAUCGCAACAUGACGCAAACUUUGGCGACGUCCCAGGUGCAAUAUUUCGGGCCUACUGGACCAGCAUCCGGUGUACCACGGGACGCAACAGGAAACUUAAUGGGCAAUAUAACACGUAGCAGUCAACAAGAGUGUAGGCAGCAACAUGCACUGCACGACGAUAGCCGAGCUCCAACAAGAAGUAUCCGGUUCGCCAACACUGGUGAACCUAAUUUUGAUCCGGUGCAGCGAUCAACACCAAGGCACAUAUCAACGCGGUCAGAAUAUGGAAACAAUCUGACACACAAUCAAGUAGCUGCACGCCAGGCGAUCUCGCGAGAGCUUCCCAUAUUCGACGGUUCACCAGAGGAAUGGCCCUUAUUCUACUCCACGUUUAACUCAACUACCGAAAUGUGCGGAUAUACUCAGGAAGAAAAUCUGAUACGUCUUCAAAAAGGCCUCAAGGGGAAAGCAUACGAUGCAGUAAAGUGUAGGUUGAUGCAUCCCGCUAACGUCCCUGGAAUUAUUGCCACGCUUUAG